UCACACAAAAGAAAAAUGGUGCACACCAUUUUGCUCAUCCAACCUACCGUUCGACCUGAUUCUCGAACAUGGUCUGAUUACGAGUCAACCACUGACUGUCUUGAAGGCAUUUGCAAAAUUUAUGAGGAAUUUCUGAAAAAGCAGAAUCCAUCCAUGGCGAGCAUCACAUACGACGUCUCUCACCUCUACGAGUUUAUCGAUAAGCUCUCAGAUCUCAGCUGCCUUAUUCUCAACACGGUUAGUGGUUCCUUGUUAUCUACUGCAUUCCUUUUCACAGUUUGA